GAUGCACGUUUAGUCUUUCCUGUGUUUAUAAUAUUCGUGGCUACUCCAAAUCCAAUAGCAGACGUAUAAGAAUUUUUUUAUCAAUCAAUAUAUAUAUAUAUAUAUGCAUCUUUUUGAUUGGUUCGGCCUCUUAUACAGCUCAAACCCAGAUAGGAAAACAAGAGUCUAGAGAGAUGAUGACUCUGCAAGUCAGCCUCUCACUAUCUUCUUAUUCUUCACAUUUCCCAGUGUUGUUUGGAACUAAUCUUCGAAUUCAGUCCAAUUCCUUCACCCCAAUUCUGCAUUUCUCGAAUUCGAAUCACUUGAAGAACUUUGGAGUUGUGGGCAAGCGUAGGGAUAGAAUCGAUUUUGUGAGAGAGGCAAGAAUUGCUAGUACAUCAAGAAUCAGUUGUUCUGCGGAAGUUGGGGAGCUCAAAGAGACCGAUGAAAUUGUGAAAGAGAAAAGCGUCUCCGUCAUUCUUUUGGCUGGAGGAAAGGGCAAACGGAUGGGGGCAAGCAUGCCAAAGCAGUAUCUUCCACUUCUUGGGCAACCGAUUGCUUUAUAUAGAUGAUGAUGAUGAUGAUGAUGAUGAGAUGAUGGUUUUCUUAUGUUUGUAGGCAAGCAUGCCAAAGCAGUAUCUUCUACUUCUUGGGCAACUGAUUGCUUUAUAUAGGUACACGCAACAACUCAACUCAAGAUACUUUUUCCUCAACUAAUCAGGCUCAGAUCGGAAACAAGUAUACUAAAAUAUAGUGGGUCCCAGUUUAAAGAUUUUUCAUACCAAUGUUAAUAGUCAUUUUUAUAGUGUAUGUGAUACAUGGAACUUCAGGCAAACAUGGUAUAGAAACCACAAAAAUGAUAACUCGUUUGUUUGGUCUCUCUCUGCCCACCAUCUCUACUGUUGCCUCACAAACCAAUCAGAAGUUUUUACAGUGUCGAAAUUAUGAUAAUUUGUUCCUACACUGUCUUAAUUAUGAUAAUUUAUUACAUAGUACCCACUAAUUACAACACUAUAGUAGUAAAAACGUGAAGGUAAUUGUAUAAACUAUCUGACAUAAAGUGACUUUAGUAUUAUAAAUAUCAAUUAUUAGAUGGUUUGAGUCUAUCAUAAAAAAAAAAUCUCAAUUUUAUUUAGUUUUUAUUAUUUGUGUGUCUAAAUUAGCUUUUGAAAUGUCAGAUUUUGACCUUAUGCAUUUAUUAAUCUAAUUUAAUAAUUUCUAACACUCUUUGCCAUGUAAAAAAAAAAAAAAAAAAAACUCUUUAAAACCGCCCAAUAUGAAGUUUUAUUUAUAUAUUUAUUUUUAUGUAUGUAUCCUUGGCAACGUUGGAAAAUCAAAAGAUAAAAGAAAGAGAAAGCGACAAGGUCAACGAAAACCAAAAUAUGGAAGGGAAGCACUUAAGUUACAGGUUGAUUCAUGGUUUCCUGAUGAGGCAAGACAUAAGAUAAUAAAAAUGACCAGAAAAUUGUGUCACUUUCCAACCAUGCUUCAAUGUUUACAAAAAAUAAAAUUAUUUUUUUAAAUAAAAAAAGGUAUGGCAAUGUUUAAGAUGACCUGUGCAAAUGCCCAGAAAAUAUUUAGUCAUCCAAAAAAUUUAGAUGAAGGUAAAUUCAAUUGAAUAAAUACACACAAAAAAAAUAAUAAUAAUAAAAUAAUAAUAAUAAUAAAACAAUUGAUCCGAUCCAGAGUCAAGAGAGAGAGAUCUCCCAUCCUACAGCUCUUAAGAUGAGGACAUCCUCCUUUGCAUAAAUCCUUUUAGGUAGAGAUCUUCGAGACUGAGCUUAAGUAAAAAUUUACUCAUCAUUGGGGCUCCGUGGCCUAGAGAGUCCCCAAAUAGGAUGUCAUACCAACCCUUAGUACUCCAGCCAUCAUCAAUUGAGCACUGUUGGUGGAUAAAAUAGUCAUGGCAGAGGAAGUAUGAACCUCUCCUUGCCUGAUAUAUUGAUAAAUCUACCACAUCAAUAUCAAUAACAUCAUCUUUCUCUUCUUCUUCUUCUUCUUCAUACACAAUGUGGACUCCUAACUCCUUUAGUUGAAAUCUAUCCCACAACUCCACUGAAACAACCACUUCAUCACCAACUUCCAACUCAUUUCCAAUCUUCCAAUGGCUUGACAACAUCAUACUUUCCCCAUAACCUGGAAUCCCUGUAAACGUCGGGCAAUAGAUCCACUUCACAUCCUUGGUCUUAUUGAAGGUUUUCAUAAUGCAUAAAUCCCAAUACUCUUCUGUUUUGGGGGUAUUCACAAGGCAUUCAAUCCAAUACUGUGCUGCUGUCCUACCCAUGUAAGGUGUAUUGGCGUAUGCAUAAACAACGCAUACAUUCAAGCCUCGAACCUUGAGAUUAGGAAGUGAAGGAACACUGAAACAUAUCGAGGACAUUGUACUCUUAUUGCUGAACCAGCCUGGAACCUCAUUUCCAGGAUGAAAAAUGCUGAAUAUACCGUAUUCAUACAGUCCCUGAUCCUUGGAAAUCAUAACGAGAGAGAGAGCACCUAGAUGGGACCAAUCAUGUCCGUAAGUGUCACGUUAUUGAACAAUUUCACCCCACCCUUUCCCAUGGAUUCCAACUUAACCAAGCAUAACUCUUUGAUCAUAUCUGCAUCAAUGUUUCGAAUAGCUUCCAACCUGAACAAUUUCUGAACCUCGACUAGUUUAUCACAAUUAAACGCUACCAAAAGCAAUGAUGUCAACAGAUUUGGUAGAUUUGUUAUUAUUUCCAGUGACUUGCAAUUAUCUAUACUCAAAAAUUGUAAACUCAUAGGUAGCUCUGGAAGCAAUUGAAGUCUCAUGCAACUCUUUAUAUUAAGUGACUUGAGCAUGGUGAGACACUUGAUGCUAUCUGGAAGGCUACAAAUCGGAUUUCUGUCUAGAUUCAAGUUCUGCAACAGGGAUAGCCUACCAAAUUCCUCUGGAAUGGCAUCAUCUGACAGAUUGCAAUUUGCAAGAUUCAAGCUCACUAAUGAGCGUGACAGGAAAUCCAUUGAAAAACUGAUCGAUUCUGGAGAUUUUCUUAGUCCAGAAACCCAAGAGAACCAGUGUGAGUGCCAUUAUUUUCUGUAGUGCUGGUAGAGGGUAGUUGAUUUAUUGCAGCACCAUAUGCGUGAAGAACCUUCAAAGAUUCCAUCUUGCAAAAUUCUUUCAACACUUGUCGAGCUUUGAGCAACCAGAGAGGAUGAAUUUCUCCACAGAUUUUAGCUGACCAAUUUUUGUGGGAAGAUUCCUAAGAUUCUUGCAGUCCUUAAGAUUUAACACAACAAGUCUCCCUAAUUCCCCAAUGGAUUCAUUAACCUCGAUCAAAUUUAUGCAAUCUUUAAGAAUCAAUCUCUCAAGAUUUGGGAGUUUUGAAAAAUCGGGCGUAUUGGCAAGGCCGUGGGAAUGACUAAGGUUGAGGAUUUUUAAUGAUCUGAGCACCUGUUGUCAAAAAGUAAGAAAUUAAUUUAUAUGAAUAUUUACAUUAAUCCUCCAGAAAAGGAAAAAGAUAAAUAAUUUAGUAGUAUACCGUCAUUCCCCUCAAACUUGUUUCAAACUGCUAUUUUGCAUAUCAAGAACAACCAAUCUCUCUAGAAUGAACUCGUUGGGCAUAGAUUUUAAAGGAAACCUGUGCCAACACAACCAUCUUAACUUCCUGGUAAAUUCUUUGUAGUCUCCAGUGAGCAUUGCAUUAUUGAGCUGGAGUAUUCUUAAUUGGCGCAUUCUUGAAAAUGCAUCAGUUAUUAAGUGUCUUUCAUUUGAACUGGAAGAUGAUUUUGUCGAAGCAGAGUUUGUGGGGAGCCAAGAGAGGAAGCCUAGUCGACGGCCCUGUGAUGAAUUGUUUCCACAAGGUCAUGUUAAUAUGUCAAGAAAACGUUCAUAACAACUUCUUUCUGAAUUAUCUAAACCAACGAAAUUCUGCGCAAGCCGAUCUUGCUCUCGGACAUGCAAAUUUAGGAUGAGGCCUUCAAUUGUCUCCAUGCCCUGAUAAAAGAGGUUGAUAAGUAACAGACCAAAAAAUACAUGAAAAUAGAUGUUGGAGGCAAAUUUCUUACAGUUUUUUCAUGUAAUACAUUUAAGGCAUCCUCAUGAUGCCACACUCAGCUGUGCUUCCUAGGUUCCUUGGGUGAUUCUUGACGUAUAAUCUCUCUUCCCAUCUCUCGAAUCAACUGAUGCAUUGUCAACUUGUUAUUUUCAUUGAUUGUUAAGAGACAUCUAUCGAUGACAUUCUGAAUCCCAACCUUUGUGUAAAAACCACAUUCAUCUAGUAUUGCAAUUAUGAAAUCUCUAUCCUUUCUAACAAAGAGACAAGAAAUGUCGAGGAAUAAAUUAUUGUCGUGGUCAUCUUGUAAAGAAUCAAAGCUUAUUUUGAGCUUUUUUAGGAUUUGACUGUUUGGAAUUGUUUCCAAUUUCUUUAAUGCACUUUCCCACACCUCUAAACUUCUCUCCGAUAAAGAAGAACCCAUAAUUUGAAGAGCUAAAGGAAGUCCUCCACAAUACUUCACAACCUCUUUUAUGUACUCCACGUAACCUUCAGUGGGGCGGUCUUGUCCAAAGGCAUGCCAACUAAAGAGCUGAAAUGAUUUGUCCUUAUUUAAUUCCUCAACCUUAUGCAUCUUAUACAUUUCAUGAGCCUUCAAUAAUCUCUCAUGUCUAGUUGUUAUGAUGAUUUUACUACCAGGAUAAAACCAAUCUCGCAUUACGAGUACUGCAUUUAAUUAGUCUAAUUGAUCUACAUCAUCAAGCACAAGCAGAACUCGUUUCCAUCAAAUUGCAUCUCUUAUCCUAAUAAGUCCUUCAUUAACACACCUAAUUUUUUCCUUUUAGCCUCUUUAGAAUAUCUGAAAGAAGUAGUUUUUGUAAACAAACCAAUCCAUUGGGUUGUUAUGAUAUUUCUCUGAUAUUUGCGAGAAAGCAACUACCUUCAAAUUUGCUAAAAUUAAGGUUAUAGAGAGUCUUAGCAAUGGUUGUCUUACCUAUUGGUGUGUGCCGUACCUAUGCACCAAAAGUUUACAAAAGAGAUGUUGAACUAAGAUGAGUGCGGCCAAGUUUUACAUUUAGAAAUUGCCACUACUACCUUUCACUAAAAAUAUAGUUAGGGCAAGUAGGGAUCGUCCCAAGGGAUUGGUGGGUCAUAUUAAGUUGUGGAAUCGAGAUUAGGGUUAGUAUGUCGAGUGAUCAAAAGAUUGGUUGGUGGUUGAAUUAUACUAAGAUGCAAUUUAAACUAAAGUAGGUGUAACGUUUCCAAUUUUCGGCAUUUUUCAUUUUUCCCGAAAUUUCUUUGAUGCAAGGGUAUUUUGGUCAUUUCACUUUUGUACGCGGAAUUUUAGUUGAGUCAAAUUGCUUUUGGUGCAUCUAUUUUCAUGUGAGCUAUGUCAUAAAUAAUUGUGGUGAACUAUGUCUAAUUGUGGUGUAAAAUUUAAAACAAAAAGAAAAGGAAGAGUCAAAGGAUAGUGGUGGGACCCACCACUACCCAUUUUAUGGUCCAGAGACCAUUUUUUUGAGCUCAUUUUCUCUCUCCCCGCUGGUUCUCUCUCUCUUUCUCACUCUCUUGUUAUAUUUUUCUUUUCCUUCAAUCUUUGAGACUUGAUUUCUUCCUCAUUUCU